AUGGAAUUCAGACAAUUGGAAAGCAGGGGAAUCCAGAGUGACACAGGAGCCAGGACUUUGAGCAAUGUGAAUCGGUUGUCGGUGGAGCAGGAGAGGAUCAACGAACGGGCUCUAUCACUACUUCGAAGGAACAGAGAGCGUCGAGAAUUGCUUAGGAGACAGCAAGAUAGGAGGCGAUACGAGCGAUUGCCUGAACAAUCGCUUGAUGUCCCCGUGGAGCAUCGUUAUGUCAGGAACAAUGAGGAGACACAUCAGUUCCAGGCAGAAAGAGGGCAGCAGAGAAGGAAGAGAGUACGGCACGCGAAGAAGGUCGUGUCGCACAAACGGCAUACACCGAGUGAACUGGCCCUUUACGAGAUAAGAAAAUAUCAGCGGUCGACUGAGCUACUGAUCUCCAAGAUUCCCUUUGCAAGAUUGGUGAAAGAGGUAACAGACCAGUUCACCACCGAGGAUCAACAGUUGAGAUGGCAGUCUAUGGCAAUAUUGGCGUUGCAGGAGGCGAGCGAAGCGUAUCUUGUAGGAUUGCUAGAGCAUACGAAUCUCCUGGCGCUGCAUGCAAGAAGAAUCACCAUAAUGAGGAAAGAUAUGCAACUGGCACGAAGGAUAAGAGGUCAGUUUCUGUGA